AUGGAUGAUUACCUGUCAAAUGCAACACUAACUGUAUCAGAAAUGGACUCCAAUCAACAUUCCAACGUAAACAGCAACAUGUCUCUGCCACUUCGUCUGGAGUCGCGAGCCGUUGUCACUUCCGCGACCAUGUUUACGGUGGGGGUUCUGGGGAACUUAGUCGCUAUAGUAGUACUAUAUAUCUCGAAAAAAGAGCAGAAAGAGACUACCUUCUACACCUUAGUUUGUGGGAUGGCAAUCACAGACCUUCUAGGCACCUGUUUUACCAGUCCUGUUGUUAUCGCUACGUAUGUUACGAACCGGUGGCCAGGUGGGGAACUUUUGUGCCAUUUCUUUUCAUUUUCGAUGCUUUUCUUUGGUUCCGCUGGAAUGUCCAUACUCUGCGCCAUGGCUGUGGAGCGAUACCUCGCCAUAAACCACGCUUACUUCUACUCGCACUACGUGGAUCGGACGAUGGCACGACUAACACUUGUUGCCACCUAUUUAGCCAACAUCGUGCUAUGUGUCAUGCCGAGUUUCGGAUUUGGGAAACACAUCAGACACUUUCCGGGCACAUGGUGUUUUUUAGACUGGAGAGCGACAGAACCCCUCGCUGCGUCUUACUCUUUUGUGUACGGUGGAUUCAUGUUGAUGCUGAUAGGGGUGACUGUAUCGUGUAACUUCGCUGUCUGCAGAUCCUUGGUGCUUAUGAGCCAGAGAAGGCGGAUUGUGAGAGCGGAGAGCUCUGGUCAUGGGGGUUCCGAACGAAGGUUUCCAAAACUGUCAUCUGUGUCCUCAGCAGCAGAAAUUCAGAUGUUUUGGCUACUGAUAUUCAUGACCAUUGUCUUCUUGGUUUGCUCCAUCCCUUUAGUGGUGCGGAUCUUUGUAAACCAGCUGUACGGUCCUGCUCACAUAUCGGCUGGAGGGAAACCGGACUACCGCAGUGAUCUCCUGGCAAUACGUUUCGCCUCCUUUAACCCGAUAUUGGAUCCAUGGGUUUACAUCUUGUGCCGAAAAAACCUGCUGAUUAAGGGUUGCGAGAAUGUAAAGCGGAUAUUUGGGAAGACAAGGAAGGGUCAUACGCGUAAAAAGGGCCGGGUAAGCGGUCAACACACCCCUCCUUCGUAUACCCCAAGCAACACUAGUUACGCAUCUCUACGCACGGGAAAUGAUAAAGACGAUGAGCAGGUUGUCAUCAGGACUAAAUCGUUCACAGAUUUCACUGUACAACAGACGUGGGAUUUUGAUGCGUCCCGACCCAAUUUUCAUCCUUUCAGCGUUGUAGAAAAUGCUAUUAUUUCUGAAACAUGCACUCGUGGAGCCUCAAAGACAUUUAAGACGAAACCCAUUUUGAGCUCUAUUACACAGGAAUCCCCUGUCCAUGUUGAUGGCGGAGAAGCACAUUCUGCGUGUGAUCGGAGGCACGGUGGGCAGCUUGAAAUAGUCACUUGUACUUUUAGUAGCCCAAGCUCUUGUAUUUCCGAGAAGUGCAUCUAA